ACCGGACCAACCCGAUGUGACAUUGAUUCAGAGUCGUAUACUUCCUCUUCGUCACUGGAUCCGGGGAGCAUUAGCAGCCGAAAGCCAUAAAACCCUCGCCGGCCGCCGUAGUUCUCUUUGCUUCCUUCUCAUCACAUCAACAUCUUCUUUCAGGAUCAUGGCUAUGAGAUCCGCGCCCGCGGUUGCUCUCCGGGGCCUCAGGAGGUUCUCUUCCAGAAGGCCAGUUUCAUCUCCAAUCAUUAAGGAACCUACCUCCGACCUUUUAGUUUCUGAUAUGGCUGGGACAUACGGUCGGACUUUCCGUGAACGAAUGACAAAUUACAUGGCUACCCUCGACAUCAAUUCACAAAUUGGAAGCUGUAUGCCGCUUUCUGCAAUGCGCAUUGGUACGAUUAUCCACAAUAUCGAGAUAAAUCCAGGUCAAGGUGGGAAGCUCGUGCGGUCAGCAGGAACAUUUGCAAGGAUAUUAAAACUACCAGAGCCAAAGUCAAGAUACUGCUUGGUGAAACUCCCUUCACGUGAAGAGAAGUUGAUUGAUGCUAGGUGCAGGGCAACAAUUGGUCAGGUGUCUAACCCAAGCCAUGGAACCAAGAAACUGAGAAAGGCUGGGCAGAGCCGUUGGUUGGGUCGACGACCGGUGGUUCGAGGAGUGGCGAUGAAUCCGGUGGAUCAUCCCCAUGGAGGAGGUGAGGGUAAGAGCAAGAGUAGUGGUAGCCAUGGAAAGGGGUCUCGCACACCCUGGGGGAAGCCAACGAAGUGUGGUUACAAGACUCGAUCUCUCAGGCGCAAAAAAUAAGGAUAAGCAAACUCUUACUUUUUUUUUUUUAAUGCCCCUUUUAAAUCUAUUUUCUUGAGGAUGGUUUGGAAUGUUCUCUUUUUGAUCUUUUGAUUGAGUUGAAUUACACUUUAAUCAUCAAAGUAAUAUUUGCAGGAAAUUGAUGUUGAAUUUUCACCCUUUUUUCUCCCAAAUAAAUAGUAGGGCGAGAGAGAUCCUCUGAUUA